AUGCCUGGAAGAGUUAGUGGCAAAAGGAAACCAGGCCACCAAAGAACACAGUGGCUGGACACCAACAAAGCUGACACCAACCAGAACAUAAAACCACUCAAAGAAGUAGUACAAGAUUCGCUCGAGCCGGGCGGCAGCAGCAGCAGCAGCAGCAACAGCAGCAAGAGGCAAAGAAUCUGCAGGGAGUGGAAGAUUGUACUAAUUUGGAGUGCGUGCAGGACCUCUUUGUAUAUUGAAGAUAAAGAAAUUAUUACUCCCUAUUCCAUGAUGCAAAAGAAAUAUUUCAAGGGGAGUUCCUACAAGCCAGAGUCUGUAGCACUUACUGCUGUGGCAUUACAAGAUCAUAUUUUACAUGAUCUUCAGCUGCAAAAUCUUUCAUUAGCAGAUCCUUUAAAGUCAAAGACAUGGAGUAAAAAAAAUAAAUACAGGCCUGUGAACAAGGAGAAAAUCAGAGCAGUUAUAGAUACUGGAUUAAAAAAAACAAACAAACAGCCAAACAACCAAAAUAACCCGCAAAAUGAAGAUCCAGAGAAAGAAUAUGUCCUUGAUCCGUGUCCUCAGCCUCUGACUUUAGCUCAGAAGUUUGGAUUGGUGGAGCUUCCUGCUAUGCCACUAACUCUAGAGGAAUGGGGAUAUGUCAAGCAACGAUCCAUAAAACAAGGAGAUUCUGUUCAACCUUGUGCUAUAUGCAAAGAAGAAUUUGCACUUCAGCCACAGGUGUUGCUCUCUUGUUCUCAUGUAUUUCACAGAGCAUGCCUGAAAGCUUUUGAAAGAUUCGCAGCUAAAAAGAGCUGUCCAAUGUGUAGAAAGACCCAGUAUCAAACACGAGUAAUUCAUGAUGGAGCCCACAUUUUUAAAAUAAAAUGUGCUACAAGAAUUCAAGCUUUUUGGAGGGGACAUAUUGUUAGAAAGUGGUAUAAAAAUCUGAGGAAAACAGUACCCCCCAAGGAUGUGAGAUUAAGAAAAAAAUUCUUCGAAGAAAAGCUUACUGAGAUCUGCCAGCGAUUACUGAAUUCCUACGAUACCUGUAUUGACGAAUUCUUCUGUGAGAUAGAUUCCACUGUAGCUGCAAGUCACGAAGUAUUUCAGCAACUAGAAGAAAAGUUGGGCCCAGAGAUACAUGAAGUUGAGUGGGAAAAAAUUCAGAUUCAGGCAUUCCGACAAGAUAUUGCCGAUUGUCCUAUUUGCAUUAUGCCACUCACACAGCCUGCUCAACUUCAGAAUGGACUUUCCCAGGAUGGCUAUCAGUCAUGUCCCCGUCAGACAUCGCUGCUCUCCUGUUCUCACAUGUUCCAUAGCACCUGUCUUCAAGCAUUUGAAGAGUUUUCUUUAGGAGAAAGACCAAUCUGUCCUUUAUGCCGUUCCUGUUAUCAGAAGAAAAUUCUCAGCUAACGAUUUUAACAUAAAUUAUGAAUAUAUUUGUUAAGAGACCUAGUAUUUUAAUUGCAUUUCAGCGGAAGGGGAUACACAAAUUAUUUUUUUCUGAUGAGUGCAUGUGUGUGUGUAAACCUAGGAAGUGUUAUCACUAGAGAUAUUCCAGUCAUUAAGGUCUGGGGUAGGAUUCAAGUUUUCUGUGUCACUUCAGCCGAAUAUUUGCAUGCAGGGACAGUCCCACAGAUCCUAGUGGAUUGUCAGAAAGAGAGGAAAGCUCCACAUACCUGGGGAAACCUGAAUCAACUGAAUCAAACAAUUCUUCAUAAAAUUCUGUAGGCUGAACAUCUAAUAUUCCCAGUCUGUCAGGCUUCUAUCCAUCAAAACUAGGAUUCUGUAUGUAUCUAUUAGCCAAAAGGCAACAGAAAGAAUAAUUGCUGCAUUGUAUAAUGUUUUACAGAGGUUUGUAAUUCUAGCAAGUUUCCUGGCGGGAAAUCAUGAUUGGGUAGACCAAUGUUCCUCAUCUAGAUACAUGUAGAUAUACAUGUAGAAUGUGUCUCCACAAGCCAGAGAUGAGAUUUUCCUGUAAAGUUCUUGACUGUAUUGUUCCCCGCUCUGCUCGCUGUACAUUUUAAUGCAUUGUUUUAGGAAGUGAGGUGUUCCUCUUAAUUCUAUGCAACGGCCAAAGAACAUAGCUGUCGAUGUGCAAAUCAACUGAUUUUGGAAGUGAAAGAUUUGGACUCUCCUCCUGGACAAUCUCAGGAAAUGCUUUUUUUUUUUUUGUAAAUUCUUGUAGACCUAUCUAAUGGGAGAACAGUGAGAUCAUAUUUCAAGAGAUGAGGGUAGAAUUAAUUAACUGAAGAAACCACUAACUUUUUUGGGGUGGAGAUGCUUUGCCUGGAGCUCAUCUUUUUUUUUUUUUUUGACAAUACUUGCAAGAUUCUAUAAUCCUGAUACUUGUUCAGGCUAAGGCAAGAAUUGCAUUAGUACAGCUCAAGAACUCUCCUCACAAAAUGUUUUAAUAACAAAGGGGUACCCCCUGUUCUCACAUGGGCUUUGUUCAGUCCAUUUAUGCCUGAGAUAGGCAAUAUGCUUUCUUUGAUCAGGGGCUUGAGGAUAAUCUGUUAGAAGCUGCAUGCCACUGGUGAAUGAAGCUGAAGCUGAAUGGGAUUGCCUAUUUUUCCCCCUAAGAACCCUUUUCUCUCUUUGCUAUCUGCUUUUCUGCACACUAUUAUAUCUCCUCCCCACCCCACAUUCUUCUGUGUCAGCGAAAGGAGAUAGAUUACUGUUUCCUGAGGCCCAGGUUGAUUGUAGAAAAAUGUAUUUAUUAAACUUGGGGAAAUUAGAUAAGAGAUGCAUAUGACCUUGUGACUGUACACUAUUACCUAUCUCUAAUUUAAAUAAAAGAGUUUUAGAAAUGAUAAGAUUUUAGGGACAUUGUUAAUGUACCCAGAGACCUCGCUUAUGCAAAAAGAUACAUAUUUUUCAAAACCAAUAAUCCACGUUUCUUUGAAGAGCAUUAUCAAGUACUGUGGAUCAGCAAAGAAAAAUGCUGUUUUGAUAUAAGUAAAAUACCUCUCAAUUGGGAUAUGGAAGCAACACGCUUUGUUAAGUAAGCAGACGUGAUGCAUACUCCAAGCUUUAUACCACCGUAUGCAAUUAUAAAAUUUGUUUUCAAUAAAACUCCUUAGAAUCAAGUCAUAGAAGAAAGUCUUGUCAAAUACUUUAAUCAUCACUAAACAGGCAAACGUGUAUAAGUGUGAAUAAAAAAGGGUGAGGGUCACCACAUUACAUUCAGCUAACCCAACGUCCUAGUAAUCUGUACUUCUGAAUUAACCUAUGUCCACUUAAGCUUAGCUUUAAAAGGUGAAUAGCAAAGAUGUGCUCAAGUCAUAACACAGCAGAUCUGUCAUAAUAUGUCCACACUGUAUUAUCAACCUAUCAUGGAGAAAGCCAAACAAAAGCCUACUUGAAACACUUGCUUUGCACAUUUUUGCUCUGCUUUGAUAGAUGCCUAGUACAUUUAAGGAAAGCAUAUUUGUGCUUAAGCCCCAUAAUAAAUGAGGCAAAGGUUGAUACCUGAAGAUAAGCUUUGUUAUACCUCAAGAAGUACAGAGUACUUAACUCUAAGAAUCAAACAGCUAGGAAUGCAUUACCUAUAUUCAAUGAAUUAUGAAUCAAAAUAUGUCUUUUUUGACUUUAUAAAAUAUUUCGAAGUGAUUUUUUUUUAAACAUAGUGGCAAGUAAAAACAUCAUUUCCAAAGUAGUCUACAAUAGGUCAUUUCACAGAGACAAAGCCAAGAAACAGAGGAGCUCAAAGAUAUGUAUCUUUCUGACGCCACUCAUCUAACAUCCAUUUUCAAAACAACAUUAUCAUAAAUUUGUGUAUGAGGAUAAAAGAUGAGCAGCAUUUUAAAAAUGAGAUUCUAUGCAGUCUUUCUAUACUUCAAAACAGGUGUGAUGCUUGCACUAGAACCAGAUUAAGAUGUGAAAUGUUUCUAAGGCAAAGACAGAAUACUCAAAUGCAUGUCAAUACAUGGGAUGAAAAAUUGAACUGAUUACAAAACAUCCAAGUAGUUUAAAUUUUCAAUAGUAAAAUAUUUUUUAAAAGGGGAAUCUCAAUUUAAGUAUCAUUAAUAUAAACUAAUUCAAAAUAACUAAAGAAGUAUUUACUUUCCAGCAUAUGCCCUUAUUUUAAUGGGGAUUUGUACUCAAAGGAAUUGCAAUGGAUUAAGCCUUUAAUCAGUGCCCAUGUAGGAGAUGCUUCUUCCCUUGAGAAUUAUGAUUGUUGUUUAUGUGUUGUUAAAAAUUAGUUUAGAACUUGCUGAAAAUUGAAAGUUCAGUUUUAACUGUUCUUCAUCUAGACCAGGGGUAGGCAACCUUGGCUCUU